AAAAAAAAAAAAAAAAAAAAAAGAACCCUGAGUUUGUUCGACCUCCAGCCAGUCCCGGAAGAAACAAACAGGGGAGGGGAGGCAGAAGAUCGGAGGAAGAAGAGGGAUCAGCCAUGGACAUCAUCACGCAGCUGCAGGAGCAGCUCAACGAGAUGGCCAUGGUGGCCGUCAACACCUUCGGCACGCUGCAGCGAGACGCGCCGCCCGUCCGCCUCUCCAACAGCUACCCCGACCCGCUCAACCCGAACCCUAACCCCGACGGCCCCGCCUCCCAGCCCCAGACCCCGCCCGCGCCCGGCGCGCCGCCGCCGGCACCUCUACCGCCGCAGCCACCGCAAGCGCCGCCCCAGCCGGCUCUCGACCUCGCCGAGCAACCCAAGGCCAUGAGCCACGCGCUCGUCCUCGCCGCAAAGAAGUUUGAUGCUCUUGUUGCUGCAUUACCACUGUCAUCUGAAGAGGAUCAGUUGAAAAGAAUUCAAGAACUUCAGGCAGAUAACGAAGUUGUGGGAUUGGAGCUUCAGAAACAACUUGAAGCUGCUGAACUGGAAUUGCAACGGGUUGAAGUGUUGUUUAAUGAAGCUACAGACAACUGUAUAAAUUUGAAGAAGCCAGAUUAGCAAUUAUGCAUGUAGCUGAACCCGUGUUGGUGGAGACAUGAAUUUCCAGCAUUCUGGUGUUUUCUCUCUUGUACAAGUCUCUAAAGUGUCUUAUAUUUGUUUACAGAGGGAGUAGUUCCUAAUGUCUUGACAGUUUCCAAGCUAGAUUUGUAGACAGUAAUGUUGUCUUGUUUUAACUUGCGUGCGUUGAUAUUCCAUGAGCACUUGCUGGAUGAGUUAUUAAAGUUCAGUGUUGUAACACCUAUACCCUGAAUUCUGAAACGAAGAAUCUGUCGCAUCACCAGGGCAACUGAAAUGAUAUUUCAUUGGGAACGAAGAAAAAAGCAUAGGAUGGA